UUUAAUGGUGAGUGGUGAGGCGUGUGAACAAGAAAAUGAGGGUGGCAGAAGAAGACCAGACUGAAUAAACGAGGGAGGACAAGUCAAAGAAGCGUUAGGGUUUUGGCCCUUGGUGAGGUUCUGGAAGAGGAGAGAGGUUCUCGUGAAAGACAAACCAAACAAAUGACAAAUAUUCAAAAUGUUCACAUCUUUGUGUUCUGAUCUGGUUUGGUUGUUGUGGGUCGGUUUAUUAGACAAUUAUCUUAGAAUCAUUCAAGAACCACUGCUAUUUUCCAAGGGUUUAAGAAGCCAAACAAAGCUCUUUUCUUGGAGGAAGGAGAAUCAGAAGAGAGAUUGGUCAAAUUCAUGGGUUCUUGUUUCAGUGUCAGAAUUAAGGCAGAGAGCCCUCUCCAUGCUGGAGCUAGAGAGUUGAGCAAAAAACUUUCAUUUGCCUCGGCACCAAUGACCCCUCGGCAUGAGAGUGAUAUUCUGGAGUCGUCGAAUCUUAAGAACUUUACUUUUAACGAACUCAAAAUAGCCACCAGAAACUUCCGGCCUGAUAGUGUGUUGGGUGAAGGAGGUUUCGGUUGUGUCUUCAAGGGAUGGAUUGACGAGAAUACGUUCAAGGCAGCCAGGCCCGGGACUGGAUUGAUAAUAGCUGCGAAGAGACUGAAUCAAGAAGGCCUUCAAGGUCACAAGGAAUGGCUGACAGAGAUUACUUACCUCGGGCAGCUAUCCCAUCCCAAUCUCGUAAAGUUGAUAGGUUACUGCUUAGAGGAUGACCACCGAAUUCUGGUGUAUGAGUUCAUGCCUCGGGGAAGUUUGGAAAAUCAUCUAUUCAGAAGGAGUUCUUACUUUCAACCGCUAUCUUGGAAUCUUAGAAUGAAGGUUGCUCUCGGUGCAGCCAAGGGACUUGCAUAUCUUCACGGCCCAGAGGCAAAAGUUAUAUAUCGUGAUUUCAAAUCGUCUAAUGUUUUGAUUGACUCUAACUACAACGCAAAACUUUCUGAUUUUGGAUUGGCCAAGGAUGGGCCUAUCGAUGGAGAAAGUCACGUCUCUACGAGAGUUAUGGGUACAUAUGGCUAUGCAGCUCCCGAGUAUAUGGCCACAGGUCACUUGACUGCCAGCAGCGAUGUGUAUAGUUUCGGGGUCGUGCUCCUAGAAAUGCUGACAGGCCGUCGAGUAGUGGACAAAAACCGACCCAACGGGGAACAAAACCUCAUCGACUGGGCUAAGCCUUACCUCGCCAGCAACCGCAAAAUCCUCCGAGUCAUGGAUCCUCGUAUCCAAGGGCAGUACUCGUUGAGUGGAGCGCUCCGAGUAGCACUCCUCGCAGUGAAAUGCAUAUCCCCCGAGCCCAAAUCAAGGCCCAACAUGAACGAGGUGGUAGCAGAGCUUGAAAAGCUUCAAGACUCAAAUGACAGCACAGCGAGUCUCAAACAAGAAGCGAUCAAGAAUCAUCAGAGAUGCCGCGCCAUUGAAGAAGCUUCAAGUAGAAACAAUGAAGACUCGAAUGGCAGCACGGAGAAUCUCAAACAGGAAGCGAUCGAGAACCCUCAGAGAUCCUGCGCCAUUGAAGAAGCUUCAAGAGGAAACAAUGCCGCUUGUGCAACUCCCUCUGCUUCUGCCAUUGUUGCAUGAACACUGAAGAAUCAGCUUAUCUUAUUAUACUGUAUACAUUAGCUUUCAGAGAAGAACAUACCCAGAGUUUAUCAUUUCAGGAUCUUGGACCUGUGUUAGACUAAUCUACCCUUAGUUUUGUACAGUUCUUUGCUGUAUUUUGUGCACACCAAAAAAAAGAAAAAAAAAAAAAGAAAAGAAAAAGAGUUCGAUGUUUUCUUCAAACAUUAACGUAAAAUAGUCCUUUGUUUCUUGGAUAAACACAUAUAUGUAUGCUUUCUAUAAUCGAACCAGGCUCAUGAAAAGGUAAA